CGCCCCCGAGAUCCGGGCAAGGGGCGCGGCGCGCGGGGCCUCACCCGGAGCGGCCCCUGGAAGAAGAGGGCAAGGACGCCGGGCUUUGCGGACAAGUCCGGCCCCCGCAGGGGAAGAAGAAGUGGGAAGUAUCAAUGCUUGCUGGGACAACCAGGAGGCACCUGCACUCUCUACAUGCAGCAAUGCUAGUAUCUUCCGAAGGAUAAAUGCCAUACUGGACAAUUCGCUGGAUUUUAGUCGCGUCUGCACUACACCCAUAAACCGAAGAAUUAAUGAUCAUUUGCCAGACUUCCAGGACUCCGAAGAAGCAGUUACCAGCAAGAUGCUUUUCCCCACCUCCACGCAAGAGCCUUCCCACGGCCUCUCAGAUGCAAAUGACUUGUGCCUUGGCCUGCAGUCCCUCAGUGUGACGGGCUGGGACCGGCCCUGGAGCACCCAGGACUCAGACUCCUCUGCCCAGAGCAGUACACACCCGGUGUUGAGCAUGCUUCAUAAUCCAUUGGGAAAUGUCCUAGGAAAAAACCCCUUGAGCUUCCUGCCUCUGGAUCCUCUUGGGUCUGACCUGGACAAGUUUCCAGCACCUUCCAUUAGAGGAUCCCGCUUGGACACCCGGCCCAUCCUGGAUUCCCGUUCUAGCAGCCCCUCUGACUCAGACACGAGUGGCUUCAGCUCUGGAUCAGAUCAUCUCUCAGACUUGAUUUCAAGCCUUCGCAUUUCCCCUCCUCUGCCCUUCUUGUCCUUGACUGGGGGGAGUCCCAGAGACGCUUUAAAGAUGGGAGUUGGGUCCCGGAUAGACCAAGAACAGGCAGCUCUUGCUGCAGUGGCCCCCUCCCCAACCAGUGCUUCGAAGAGAUGGCCAGGAGCAUCUGUGUGGCCGUCCUGGGACCUCCUCGAGGCGCCCAAAGACCCCUUCAGCAUUGAGAGGGAGGCCAGGCUGCACCGGCAAGCUGCAGCUGUGAAUGAAGCCACGUGUACCUGGAGUGGCCAGCUUCCUCCCCGGAGCUAUAAGAACCCUAUCUAUUCCUGCAAGGUGUUCCUGGGAGGUGUCCCCUGGGACAUUACGGAAGCUGGAUUGGUUAAUACCUUCCGUGUUUUUGGCUCUUUGAGUGUGGAGUGGCCUGGUAAGGAUGGCAAGCACCCCCGGUGCCCUCCUAAAGGUAAUAUGCCUAAAGGAUAUGUGUACCUGGUGUUUGAGCUGGAGAAGUCUGUGCGGGCCUUGCUUCAGGCGUGUUCUCAUGACCCUCUCAGCCCGGAUGGCUUGAGUGAAUAUUACUUCAAGAUGUCCAGCCGUCGGAUGCGCUGCAAGGAGGUGCAGGUGAUCCCCUGGGUCCUGGCUGACAGUAACUUUGUCCGGAGCCCGUCCCAGAGGCUGGACCCCAGCAGGACGGUGUUUGUGGGAGCCCUGCACGGGAUGCUCAAUGCCGAGGCCCUGGCUGCCAUCUUGAAUGACCUGUUUGGUGGCGUGGUGUAUGCCGGGAUUGACACGGAUAAGCACAAGUACCCCAUUGGGUCUGGCCGUGUGACCUUCAGUAACCAGCGCAGCUACCUGAAAGCCGUCAGCGCCGCUUUUGUGGAGAUCAAGACCACCAAGUUCACCAAGAAGGUCCAGAUUGACCCCUAUUUAGAAGACUCUUUGUGCAUUAUCUGCAGUUCUCAGCCUGGUCCUUUCUUCUGUCGUGAUCAGGUCUGUUUCAAGUACUUCUGUCGCAGCUGCUGGCACUGGCGGCACAGCAUGGAAGGCCUGCGCCACCACAGCCCGCUGAUGCGAAACCAGAAGAAUCGGGAUUCCAGCUAGAGGCGCUGGCCUAAGCCGGUGGCCAUCCCUCGCCAUGGCGACCAGGGAGCUGGCUUCUUGAGGACAAGGGAAAAUCCUAGUCACCUUUGCACUUGCUGAGUCUGUCUUUGUUUCUGCACUAAUUGAUGCACAAUGAGUUUUGUCGGGCUUUGUUUUCAGGGUGAGCGCCAUGGCAAGCAUCCUCUCGCUCACCCCAAGCAACUCCAUCCUUUUCCUAGAUUUCAAUUCCUCAUUUUGCAUAUGAAAAGCAAAAAAAAAAAAAAAGGAACUAUGUGUCCAGACAGCGUUGAUGGGCUGCCUACACCUAGGUUCAUUUAUGAGCGCAUCUUGCAUUCCUUGCAGUAUGGAGGGGAUGCGUGCAGGCCUCAUUGGUUUCGUUCUUGCGGUUGCCAUACAGUGCCUUUCCAUUUAUUUAACCCCCACCUGAACGGCAUAAACUGAGUGUUCAGCUGGUGUUUUUUACUGUAAACAACAAGGAGACUUUGCUCUUCAUUUAAACCAAAUCAUAUUUCAUAUUUUACGCUCGAGGGUUUUUACCGGUUCCUUUUUACACUCCUUAAAACAGUUUUUAAGUCGUUUGGAACAAGAUAUUUUUUUCUUUCCUGGCAGCUUUUAACAUUAGCAAAUCUGUGUCAGGGGGACUGCUGGUCACUGUUCUCAAGAGUUGCAAAUUCAAAGCAUUUGCAACCAAGAAAAAAAUUUUUUGUUUUAUUUGGAACUGGACCGGAAAAACAGUGUUUGAGCGGCUGCUGUAUAUAGUUUUAAAUGGUUUAUUGCACCUUCUUCAGUUGCACUUAUGUGGGGGGAGGGUUGAUAGAAGUUUUUAAUCACAAAGUCACAGGACUUUUUUCUUUUGUAACUGAGCUAUAAAAAAAAAAAAGGGCUGCUUUUCUGGUGGGGGCAGACGAAGGCUCACAGGAGCCCUUCCUCUCAGAGGGGGCAAGUACCCUUUCUUAUAGUUUUCAUUUGAGGAAUGUACGAAUCAACAAUUGAUUGAAAUGCUACUGGAAUUUGAAAAUGACUUUUUUCUUUCCAUUUCUUUCAUUUUAAAUUACUACUUGCCCUUCCUAGGGAAGCUGUGUGCCAAAGAACCAGUGUCAUAACCCCUCCCCCACCCCCGCUGAGCUGACGUUGCAUUGUCGCUAUCCCAGCUACUCUGUGGGUUUUGUGAAGCUGUGUGUGAAGUCUCUACCUCAUUGUAGUAUAUGCAGGCAAGACUGCACUCUCCUACAGAUGUGGAGUAAGCUGUGGUGUAGUUUUUUUGGCACAUAAUAAACACGUUGCAGCAAAA